UGGAUACUCAUCCAUCAGAGGUUGGACAGCACCGUUUGGAGUCCGUUCGGAUGGAGCAGUUAUCGAAACGGUUUCGGUUCGAUUUCCACGGCGUACUACUGGUUCGGAUUGGAACCGAUCUACCAACUCGUCAGUGCCAAGCAGUACAUGUUGAAGAUUGAGGUUCAACUCACCAAUGGCCUGUACUUCGUCGAUCAGUAUUCCACCUUCAAUUUGAAGGACGAGGCUGGCAAGUACGCCCUGCACACAUCGGGCUGGACCGGGACCAACACCGACAUUUUCGAUUACUCUCUUUUAGGCUGCCGACCCGACGGUCAGAAGUUCUCGACCUACGAUAAUGAUAAUGAUGGACUGCUGGUGAACUGCGCCAGUCAGAACGGAGGGGGCUGGUGGUUC